AUGACCGUGCUGCAAUCAGGUAAAAUCAUCGUCCGUGGUGCGACCUUCACUCUUACCGCAUCACUGUUUGUUCCAGAGGUGCGGAGAAUGGAUGGCUACCUAUGGUACAUUGCCCAGGUAGACAAGUUCAACCCUGACAACACGCCCAACUCGGAUGAAGCCGAGCUCAUGGCGAAAGCCGGCGAGAUGGCACGGAAGGUCGGCGAUGGCCUUGCUGUGGACCUUGGCGCAGGCAGCGGCAACGACCUGCGGUACCUGCAGGCCACUGGUCUGAAACCUCUUCGCGUGCUCGGUGUGGAGCCAAAUCGUUUCACCUGGCCCCAAGCCGAGUCACAAGCGCGGGACGUGGCUUCUGAGUCUGGCGGCCAAAUCGACGUCAGCUUUGCAGCAGACAUCUCGGAGGUCCCCUCCGAGAGUGCCUCGCUGCUUUUGGCCAAGCGCGUGUUGUGCUCUGUGGACGAUGAGCUGGCCACGGUGAAGCAGAUUUUCCGAGUCCUGAAGCCAGGUGGGGUUUUUGUGUUCAUCGAGCACGUUGCGGCAGAUCCCGGCUCUGGCCUGCGCACGGCGCAGGACAUCUUCCGCCCGUUGCAGCUCGCCUUUGCGAACAACUGCGACAUGGCCCGUGACACAGCUAGCGUCCUCCGGUCGCUUCCCUGGUCCCGCCUGGACCUGGAGAGCUACGAGGAGGCCUGGAAUGGGCCCCUGAGCCCGCACAUCCGUGGCAUCGCAGUGAAGCAGAAGCUGAGCCUCGAGGAUCAAAGCCAGCUUGCCACAAAGGUAGAUGAGCAGGACAAAGCAAUAGCCCGUCUUGAAAGCCGCGCAGCAAAAUGGCACGACCUCUUGAGCGAUGCCAUCAACGAGACCAUUCAACACCUGCAGAAAAAGCAGAGCCAGACGAUCGAGGAGAUGGAGCUUGAGAAGGAUGACUCGGACGAGGAUGAAGACAUGGAAGACGACGGCGCCGAUGUGGGCUCGAAUGCCGGGGACGAUGAUGAGGAGCGGCCCAUCUACAACCCACUCAACUUGCCACUGGGUUGGGAUGGCAAGCCGAUUCCCUUCUGGCUUUACAAGCUUCAUGGCAUGGGCAUUGAGUACAAGUGUGAGAUCUGUGGGAACUACUCCUACUGGGGCCGGAGGGCAUUCGAGAGGCACUUCCAGGAGUGGAGACAUGCCUUCGGUAUGCGCUGCCUCAAGAUUCCCAACACAGCACACUUCAAGGAGAUCACAAAGAUCGAGGAAGCCAUCACGCUCUACGAGAAGCUGAAGCGCGAUGCUGAGGAGCAGACCUUCCGCCCUGACCAGGAUGUGGAAUGUGAAGACAUCCAGGGCAACGUGAUGAGCCAGCGAGCCUUCGAGGACUUGCGAAGGCAAGGGCUGGUCUAA